UUUUUUUUUUUUCCAAGUUUUGGGUUGUGUGUAAUGUUUCGCAAAUCACUAACAAUCGAGCUGGUUGAACCCGUGGUCUAUCUGCGUGGUCACCCGAAGGACAAACACACAAUCAACAUUCUGCGUGGCCUUAUUCGGCUGCAGCUCUCCCACCCGGCCAUUAUUCAAUCGGUCACCAUCCAGUUCAUCGGAACUGCAAAGACUUUGUGGCCAGAAGCAUCCCACCACUGGGACAAGCAUGUUCUGGUCGACUCUAUCAUCCCCAUCUGCCGUUCUCCCGUCGUCUUGAAGAAGGGCGUCCACGCCUUUCCCUUUGAGAUCCUCCUGUCCAAUGCCUUGUCAGAAUCCGUCGAGUGUGGCCUGGGCCAUGUCCGCUAUAAGCUGCUGUGCCAAGUGCACAUCAAACCGGCUUGGUCUCCCUUUGGCUCGCAGCUCAAGGCACAGCGUGCUGUCGUCCUUGUGCGCUUACCACAACAGGACAGUGUCCCUCGAUGUAUCAGUCAAACACACACUCUCAAAACCCACAGCAGAAGCAACACUUCUGAUAGCAGCAACAACAGCAGCAGCAGAUGCAAUGACAUUUGUAGCAGUAGCACUAAUUAUAGCAAUAGCAACAACAGCAACAACAAUGAAGAACUACACGUGCUCGUAGAAUCCGCCCAUAUCACCCCUGGCACGCCACUCGCUCUGUGCUUUUCAUUCUCACACGCUCCUUCCACCAUCAACGACUUGUCUGUGAAGCUGAUCGAGCGACAGAAGUUUCGCGCACGCGCAAAACGCACCACUCGGAUCCUCCACCACGAGAUAACGCUGGCCCCCAGCGAUCCAGAUCUACUCAAGCAUCAGCUGCGCCAUGCGAACAAAACCACCGAGCUGCGGUGCGUGUUUGCUGUGCCCGAUAAAGAAACCUUACAAGUCCAUCCAUCAACGUCCAACCCAAACAUCCGCGUCCGCCAUUGGAUCCAGAUCACCUUGCGGUUCACAUUGCAGGACGGCACGCCCAAGGAAAUUCUCAUGGAUGCACCCAUCUCUGUGCUUAUGGACUGCAUCGACGAUUACAUAACAUUGCCUGUAUACCAUCAGCAUGCACCACCAACGCCACAGCCGUCAGAAAGAGAUUUAUCAGCAGCAGCGUCAACAUCGUCCUCGUCGUUAUUACCAUCGCCACAAUCACAGCAGCAACCAGUCGCAUCAGCUUCGGCUCCGUUGCUCGGACCGCAGCCACCACCUGUUCCUACACCCUCCAAGUCCUGGCUAAACAGAUUGACUCCACGACGGUCAUGGCUUUCUUCUCGUACCUACUACUACUAUUACUACUACUACCGUCACUUGGCCGUUUGGAGCGUGUGUGCUCGUGUUGUUGUUGUGUGGAUGUGGGGCACUUGAUAUACCGUGGCAGCAUUCAUUUCACACA